AUGGUGAUUCCAAUCCAGUCGCGUCUUCGCGGCCUGUCGCCGACUAAAUCGGCGAUCCUGGCACCUGUUGCUAGUAACGACUCUGCUGAGUUCGGCUUCAGCUACAGCGGUAGCUCCUUUGAAUGCUCGCCUCUCUCCAACCCGUCUGCUCCUCCACCAACUCCCACCGACUCUUUGACCGAUAUUCACCCUCGCAAGUCAUCCUUCUCCAGUGAGUAUGGGAUGGGCGCCGCCUGUGCCUUCCCAUCCUGGCCAAAUCGCCCUGAGCUGUACAGCGGCGACUCCAGCGACUCCUUCGUCAACAACGCGUACCUGACGGACGAGGAUCUACUCUGGAUGCCCGAGAACGCGGGUAUCGCCGAAUGCUGCGAAGAGACUGCCACCAAACAGCAACAGCCCCAGAUCUUCUCCUCCAUGACCAUGGAGCAACAGCUCAAGCUGGUCCGCGCUGCGGCCGAGGAAGAAGACCGCGCCCGCUUCAUGGCCAAGGUCGAGGCCCAUGCCCGAGCUACUCAAGUCGUGCGACAAGCCCAGUUGGCUCGAGUCUGCGAGUCUGAGUCCAACACUAGCUCCACCACUAUUACCACCACGAAGCGCAGCAGCAAGAAACGUCGUCCCGUCCUGACCCCCCAAGCGUCGCGCCCACUCGUCAUCGGCCAAGGUCAUGACCAGCAACUAAGAACCUACGCUACAUCCACACCACUGUCGGUUGUAGCGCGGGCGCUUCAACACAACAACACUCGACGAGAUACCAUUUACGACGACGACACUUCUAUUCUUUCUCAUGUCUUCUACCCACCAAUACUUUUCCAUAUCUACAACGACCAGCCCUUCCAUGCAUUUGGUUGGAGCUCCUAA